ACAUAAUUGACUUGUUUACAUUUUGUUAAAGCAUGGCGAGUUUACAUUUUUGGAACGAAUUUGAAUUAAAAAAGCCUCCAUUAGUCACCUUACAAGUUAAGGAUACAGGAUCUGCAAAGAAUGUCUAUAUGGCUAUCAAUCGCUACCUUCAACAGCAAUCCAGACCAGAUUUCGUGGAGUUCAACAACACUGCAGCCCUGAUAGGUCGUCUAAUGGCACGUCGUAAGAAUUCCUUUCGCGGGAUGCCAGGAUUUCGUGCUGUCUGCAAAUUAAAUGGAGCGCUUUGCCGACUGCUCCGUCUUGACCUACCUCGGGAUCUGGAACAUUUUCGCGGAGCCUUGCCGGAUGCCUGUGAUGCGGAGCUUUCCGGCGAAAUGCCUACCCGAAACAGUUUGGAAUUUGUCUUGGCGCGGUUGCUAGCCUUUUAUAGUUUGCAUGAACGCAUUCGUGACUGCUGUCAGGCAGCAAUCAAAUACUUUGGGCAAAUGAUUCGCAGCAACUUCUUCAUGGAGUUUCUGACCUUGUUAAUUGCAGCUGUAGCUAAGAUAAAUAAGUUGAGCUUAGUGCAAGCCAACAAUUGUGCCACAUUGUAUAACAAACUGCAACCACAGUGUCCCAAAUUUCCACAAGUAGAAAAACAUAAUUUUCUUCCCGAAGACUAUAAAUUGCCCACACAGCUGCAGGUGGUUAAAGAAAUGCAGACAGCUACACCCGACGAAGCAAGCCCUGCUGGUGUCCAACUCCUUAUACAGGCACCUUCACUAAUUACGAAAGUGGAAAAGGCCAAGCAACAGCUGAAGGCAGAUGUGGGCGUUGUUGUAUCACGCGAAACAGCAAUACCUCCGACAAAGGAAGCUUUUCAGCUGAGUUCAUUGGCCACCGUGGAAGAUGUGAAGCACUUCAUUGUGCGAGAAUCCAAGGCACGCAAAAAGAAUCCCGAGAACUGUGUAACGAAACCAAUACAAAAUCACGAAUGGCUGGCUGCUAAAACGCUCUUCGAGCGCAAGCUGCAGGCCAGGGAUCAAGCCAAAGCUCUAAAUAUAUUUCGAAAAUUUAUUGGUAGUAAAAUAUAACACGAAGAAACGCACAA